AUGCUGGCCAGUUGUGAGAAGCUGCGACCAUUGCUGUCGGGCUUACUGCACGGUCAGUUUGGUCAACCAAUUGCCGGCAUGAAGUUUUUUCCGCCACCGAUAAAAUAUGACAAUAUUACGAUCCCAGAGAAACCCAAGCUUCGCUUCGUGGAAAAAGUUCCUCAGCUGCCGAGCAAUCUUCGUGCGCCCAAAAUGCAGAAGAAGCUGAAAUGGAUGCGCGGUCCGGAGUUGGUGCACAAUUCCCUUGUACACAAGCAGUAUGGCAUAGUUGCUACCGGGGGUGGUCGGUUGAGGUGGGGCCAUUAUGAAAUGUUGCGACUUACGAUCGGUCGCAAGAUGGAUACGAGCCGCAUGUUUGCGAUCUGGCGUAUCGAGGCACCGUGGCAACCGGUGACCAAGCAAGGUCAGGGCCAGCGUAUGGGCGGCGGUAAAGGUGCCAUCGAUCACUACGUUACUCCAGUGAAAAGCGGUCGAGUGAUAGUGGAACUGGCAGGAAAGCUAGAAUUUGUUGAAGCCAAGCAAAUUCUUGAUAUCGUUUGCCCUAAGCUGCCGUUCAAGGCGAUGGUAGUCUCGCAGGAAAUGUUGGAAAACAUGAAGGCAGAAGAAGAGCGGUUGGUACGAGAAAACUUAAACCCAUGGAAUUUUAAGUACAUCAUCCAGAACAACCUUGGUGGCUGUCACCGAUGGUUAUCCCCCGUGGAUCACAAGUGGUUCGGAAAUUAUCUGUAA